AUGUCGACUAUCAGUUCUGGAAAUACACUGGUCACAAAGAAUAUCAAAAUGUCCAUUCCUUAUCAAAUCAAAGAUGGGAAACAACCAAGAAUAAUUGAAUUGACAACAGCAGAAUCAAGUUACUCUGGUGAAGUCUGGCCCAUUGAUAAUGACCAAAAAUAUAAAGGUAGAGUUCUCCUACUUCCAAAUCCAGGUGAAGAUGUGAAGCUGUAUCAUAAACUUAUUGAUUUAUUAGGUUCAACUGGGUACGAAACAUUAUUUGUACCUACAAAAGAAGUUUACAAAACAGAUACAGAUAUCUAUAGAGAGAUUAAUAGAAUAUUGGAACUUUGUAUUUCAGAUCUUGAUUCACAAUCCUAUGUUACAACUCAUAAACUUCAUAUCAUUGGUCAAUUCAUAAUAGCUUCAAGAGUAAUAGCAUACGGUGUUAAAGGUCAUUAUAAACAUAGAAUUAAAAGUGUCAUUGCAAUUAAUCCAUUUCUAAGUCCAAAAAAAUCAUUUGAUAAUUUAACAUCACAAACUACAACUUCAAUCCUCAGUAAAAUUUCAUCAACAAAUACAUCAAAAUUCCCACUCAAAUAUGAACAUUUAACAAGUGAUAAACAUUGGCUAGAUUAUUUAAAAGAACAUGAUUAUAAUUUUUCAAAGAUACGGUCUAAUUAUUUGAAAGAAAUUUUACACAUUUCUCAUGUCUUACAAUUACCUAAAAAAUAUGCUGAUUUUAGUAUUAAGAAUGUUUUAUUAAUUCAAUCAGAACAAGAUCCAGUUUCUAAGCUUAUUGGUCUUCAAAAUUUUUAUAAUAAUUGUCCCAGUGAAAAUAUCAACAUUUUGGUAUAUCCAGAGGGGAAAAAUAACUUGAUUAUAGAAACUGAUGACAUUUUCAAACAAUUGAGUUGUGAUAUUAUCAGUUGGUUAGCUCAUAAUUGA